GAAUGGGCUGUAGAGAAGAGGUGAUUUUUAAUAGAAGAAUGAAAGGAGGAUAAGAAGAGGAUUAUGCUAUAGCACUAGGGUGGAAGACCCCCCUGUGAAUGCCAGUUGUUGUAGGUGUUGGCUGUGACGUGAUACAGUAAUGCAUCAUUGCAUCUAUCUGUGAAAGAUCUUUGGGUGUUUUUACCCCAUUGUGUGUGGGUUUUCUCUGGGCGACCCUGGUUGUCUCCCACUUGCCAAACACCCAUCGUAAUUAUAUGUAGUUAUGGAAUUUGUCACUCAUCCCAAAUUCAAGGCGUUCCUAAAAAAAAAUGUAGCGAGACCCACGUAGCAUUUCUGGGUAAAUUGAGGGCAUUAGUUUUUUUUUUACAUAUUUUCAGACAAAAGAAAAUAAAUGUUGGCGUGUCCUCAUUAAUUAUUAUUGCUGUUUAGAUAUUGUAUAAAUCGAGUGGAACCAUCGCCAAUUCUAACCGUAUUUGGUGUAUGCCAUGGUGCUAUUGAGGCUUCUGACGGGCUCUUAUGGGACACCCCAAACGGCGUGAUAUAAUCUUGUGUGCGCACAUCAACACGCACAGGAGUAGACAGUUCACGUGCCCACAAGGCAGUGUCAUUUUCUAUUAUUUGCAACAGUCAAGACUGCUGAAAGCAUAUCUAGGCCAACACUAUCAUGACUGGCAGUGGACACCAAAACCUUGCAUGCAUUUUCCCGCUCAAAAAUGCGUUAAUUUAUCUGUACGCCAUUAGCGGGUUUUCUGGCCGCGCUAAUGCUUGUUGCCAUGCUCGCAAAUCGGCUGACGGCAGACUGACUCUUUAACUGUGCACAUCAUUGUUAUCGUGGGAGGAACAGAGGCUGAAAUCAUGGCGAACGUCCAUUUUACGAAUCUCUUUUGAUUUUGUGAUCUCUGACUGAAUGAGUGCGACACACCUGAUCUAUGGGCCAUCCUGAAAUGUGUGGUGCGCUGCAUUUGCAGUGAAUGCUUCAAAAAUUAAACGACAGACCUCCCCCCCCGAUCUCAUUGGAAUGACAAUGUGAUGUAUCCAGGACAAUGUUCCCCCUUUUACAAUGACCCUGCUCCCAAUGCCUCCAAUCCUGCACUGUCAAAUGCACAGUGCAUUAACAGUUAAACUGCAAGGCAUAUACAAUCCAUUUAUAUCAUCCUGUCUGCCAUAUUGCACAGUGCAGUCGCUCCUCUGCAUCGCACGUACCGUGCUUGCAUUAUGUAAGAGACUUCUCUCGUGCCCUAGUUACCACCAUCAUUUUAGUUUUUUUUCUUGUGACUUUUUAUUUUAUUUUGUUCGUAUUGUGCACAGAGUUCCAUCAUCGGUAUCGGAGAGCGAGGCCGUCCGCUGUGGAUGUCGUAUUUUUUUUAAAUCGGCGAAGAAAAAAGGUUGACAUUUGUUACAGUCCAGAUAGCAGCGGAUUGUUGUGCUGUGCACGCUUCUGGCUUGAGCUGAGCUCGGCUGCAGCGUAUAUGCAGCUCAGCACGGUGCGCGUGUACGCACUGGAUGAAAGGCUGUCGCUGGCAAUUUAGAAAGCACUUGUUGGAGGCUAAGCAAAAGGUAUUAGGUAUUAUAAACCUGCUUCGGCUUUCGCGUCAAGCCCUGGUACUCCUGAUGGUGAAAGCGGCAGCACGACGCAUUAAAGGCACCUGGACCGGGUUUUUUUUUUUCUGCUGCUCUGCGUGAAUAUCGCCCCGUGAAAUCGGCGCCGACAAAUGUUCCGCUCGCGCGCAUGAGAUUGCUGCUACGGCCCCUUCGUACCCGAGGGCAUGACGACGAGAGAGUUCCAGAAAGGGCGGUGGAAUGAGGUGGGCCUGUUGGUGCUAGCUUAGCAGCCGCUCCGUGACUGCGUCGUUACCCCGUGCCGUGCUCCGACGGGUUUCUGAAAUGAGGUGUGGCAUCCACAGCGACCGCCAAAGGAUGCAAGAAGGGACGCGUGCUGCUGCCCGCGCCGUGCGUCCGUUUGCAAUGUCCUGGAUGCGGGCGUGCGGCUGAGCCCCCACCAAACUCGGCGUAAUAAUCUUCUGGUGGUUGUGGCAGAGCUAAAAGGGCACGCAGUCUGCACCGCAUUGAUGGGAAUAAGGGUUUGCCCGACCUCCAGGCUAUGGUUUUUAAAGUAGAACUCCAAAGAAUGUUGUCCCGCCAACAUGAAAGGGAAAUCAACGCCUGCCUGGUGCAGAAGAUGUGUUGCAUGGAUGAACGGGACAAAGUUCAGAAGAAAACCUUCACCAAAUGGGUGAACAAGCACUUGAUAAAGCACUGGAGGGAGGAGGUCCGGAAGCAUGUCAAUGACCUCUACGAAGACAUGCGGGAUGGGCAUAACUUAAUCACGUUACUGGAGGUGCUUUCUGGGGACACGCUGCAAAGGGAAAAAGGGCGAAUGCGAUUCCACCGACUUCAGAAUGUCCACAUUGCACUUGAAUACUUACGGCACCGCCAGAUCAAGCUCGUCAACAUCAGAAGUGAUGACAUUGCAGACGGGAACCCCAAGUUGACCCUGGGAUUAAUAUGGACCAUCAUCCUCCACUUUCAGAUCUCGGAGAUCCAGGUGACGGGACAGUCGGAGGACAUGUCGGCCAAGGAGAAGCUGCUGCUGUGGUCCCAGCGCAUGGUGGAGGUCUACCCUGCUGCCUCGUGCCAGAACUUCUCAACUGCUUGGCGGGAUGGACACCUCUUCAACGCCAUCAUCCAUCGACACAGGCCGGAUCUUGUGGACAUGGAAAAAGUCAACAUCCAGAGCAACAGGGAAAAUCUGGCGCAAGCGUUUGCCCUUGCAGAAAAGGAACUCGGGGUCACUAGUCUACUGGACCCUGAAGACAUUGAUGUUGUAUCUCCGGAUGAAAAGUCCAUCAUCACGUACGUGUCUUCGCUGUACGACGCAAUGCCUGUUGUCCCUGACGUGUUCAAUGGAAUCAGUGCGGAUGAGGCCGAUCUGAAGUGGUCGGAGUACCAGGAGAUGGUGAAGUCGCUGCUGCUUUGGAUUUCACGACAGAUUGAGAUUAUGGAGGACAGAACAUUCCCUGACGACUUGGAACAGUUGAAUGCACUUUAUGCCCAAUUCACCCACUUGAAAAACACCGAGUUCACGACGAGGCUGUCGGAGAAGCACAGAAUCCACGAGCUCUACAAGACGCUGGAGGGCUGGUUUCAGUCAGGUCGAAUCAAGCUGCCCGAGAAGAGCCAUCCCAACGAUGUGGAGCGGGAGUGGAGCAGGCUCUUUAAAGCAAUGGGCGAGCGGGAGACCACUCUGCGAUUUGAAAUAGCGAGGUUCGAGGCGCUGCAAAGGCUGGCGAGGACAGCGGAGAUGGACACGAGCCAGUGCGGUGACCUCCUGGCCAAAGCGUCGUCGGCCCUGCAGGCCGACGCAAGUCGAAUUUCUUCGGGGCAGGAACCACAGGGCAUGGCUGAGAUUGCACAGUAUUUAACGGAAACUGAAGUGAAGAUCAGCAAACUCUUUGUGGACAUCCAGAGUCUCAGAGAAGCAAAAUAUCUCCACUCGGAGCAGCUCUACUCCAGGGUGCUGCAGCUGCACGAGCAGUUGACGAGCAUGCGCGCCGAGCAGGGCAGGCUCCUGGGCAGGGUGCAGCAGCUGCUGGAGGACAAGGCGAGGGACGCGGCCGCCUCGAGGGCGGCGGACGCCGAGCGUGUGCGGGCUGAGGACGAUUCCAACCUGAAGUACGCUCGCGAGCUGCUCGCCUGGGUGGAGCACGGCCAGUUACAAAUUGACACGGGUGACUGGGGCUCCGAUCUUCCUUCCGUCGAGGCUAAUAUGGAAAGCCACAAAACUCUACACAAAUCCAUCGAGGACUUCAGGUCAAGUGUGGAAGAUGCCAAAGCCAACAAGAGCAAGUUGUCAUCGACUGUGAAGGCCGAGUACAUUGGGCUUGUGAACAGCCUGGAGAUAAAGUACACGAAACUCAUGAACGCGUCACGGAGCAGAGGGAGGCACCUGGACAGCUUGCACAGCUUCAUCACACGGGCCACCAAGGAGCUCAUCUGGCUGAACCAGAAGGAGGAAGACGAGGUGUCCUAUGACUGGAGCGAGAAGAACAGCAGCACUGCCGUGAAGAAGGAGGCCUACGGUGAAUUUAUGCGAGAGCUCGAGGAAAGGGAAUCGAACAUAAAGAGUAUUCAGGAGAGUGGCGAGCAACUCCUGGCUGAUGCCCACCCUGGCAAGCAGUCGAUUCAGGCCUACAUUGCAGCCAUGCAAACACAGUGGAACUGGGUCCUUCAGCUCUGCUCUUGCGUAGAGACACACCUGGCCGAGAACACCGCCUAUUUCCAGUUCUUUCAAGAUGCCAAGGAGGUGGAACAGCAGCUGAACAACCUUCAGGACACCAUCUGGAGGAAGUAUAAAUGCGACAAGUCGACAAGUUUGACCCGCCUAGAGAAUCUCCUGCAGGAUGCGAUCGAGGAAAAGGAACAGCUCUCAAGCUAUAAGAGCCGCGUGAACAACCUUGCGAGCAGAGCCAAGACUGUCGUGCAGCUCAAGCCUAGAAACCCGGACAGUUUCCUGCACGGCACCAUUCCUAUCAGGGCCAUCUGUGAUUACAAGCAGCUGGAGAUCACACUGCACAAGAAUGCCGAGUGCGUUCUGGAGGACAACUCGCAGCGCUCCAGGUGGAAGGUGAUCAGCUCGAGCGGCAGCGAGGCCAUGGUGCCCUCCGUGUGCUUCUCCGUGCCAACGCCAAACAGGGAGGCGAUCGACUUGGCCAGCAGACUUGAGCAGCUGUACCAUGACAUAGGGACGCUCUGGCACCAGCUGUACACCAAUAUGCAGAGCGUGUUGUCCUGGCACUACUUUGUGAGUGACAUCGACAUCAUCCGCUCUUGGAACACCAACAUGUUUCGCAACAUUUCUCCGGAGGAGCACGCCAACGUCAUGCAUGAUCUGACGGUGCAUUACGAGGAGUUCUUGAAGAACAGCCGGGAGUCAGAGGUCUUCACCCCGUCGGAACUCUCUCAGCUGGAGCGCGACUUCAACUUCUGCCGACAGCACUACGAGGAACUGCUUCUGACGGUCGAAAAAGAGGACCAGGAUGAGACUGCAUGUCGCAGUCUGAUUGCCGAACUGCAGGGCGUGCAGCAGCGCUUGGAUAGCUGCGAGGAGCGCAUGGUCCGCAUGAUCCGCACCCCCUUGGACCAGGAUGCCCUGCAGGACAAUGCCAACCGCAUCUCCGAGCAGGAGCGCGUGCACGGAGACGUGGAGGAGGUGAAGGCCGGGCUGCAGCGCACGAGCGCGAGCUGUGAAUCGGUGCUCGGCCAGAGCGUGGCCGUGCCUAGCCAGACCCAGCUGCGCUCCGAGCACGCGGUCACCCUGCAGAGGAUGGACCAAGUCUACUGCCUCUCCUCCAUCUACCUGGAAAAGCUGAAGACCGUGGAUUUGGUGAUAAAGUCUGUGCAAGAUGCAGAAGUUCUCGUGAAGACGUUUGAGACCAGGCUCUGCGAGGAAGAAAGAGUUCCAACUGACCCACAGGAAAUACAGCGCUAUAAAACCAUUCUCAAGCAAUGGCGCACCGAGGUGGACCAGCGGCAGGACCUGUUCCACUCGCUGGAGGACGAGGUGCAGAGGGCACGUGCCGUCAACGAGCGCAUGUUCCGCGCCCACAGCGAGCGUGGCCCGGACGUCGAUCGCUUCAAGGAGAGGGCGGAGCAGCUGUGCGAGCGCUGGCGCAGCAUCCACAGCCAGAUCGACACCAGAGCGCGGGAGCUGGAGGGCCUGCAGAAGCAGCUCGGCUACUACACGGAAACGUACGUGUGGCUGGACAACUUUGUGCAAGAUGCCACGAGGCUCCAGGAAAGUCUCCAGUCCGCCAAGGCCACCGACAGCCGCAGCCUGGCUGAACAGCUCCACCAGCAGCAGAAUUUGGUCGUGGAGUUGGAAAAGAACCUUCCCAAGCUGAACGAGUGCCAGGAAUACUCCAGCCAGUUCUGCACUGGAGUCAAGGACUACGAGAUUCAGCUGAUGACCUACAGGGCCAUGGCGGAGAAGGCACCUGUUCGCAAGCGAAUGCUGCAGUCGUCUGCUGAUGUCACUGGGCAGCAGUUCAUGGACCUGCGUAACCGUUACAGUAGCCAGAUAACUCUGGCUCGACAGAACGAGAAGUUCAUCGGCGACACGCUGCGGCGCGCCCGCGAGGACGAGCGACCUCACGCAAUACAGGCACAGAUGAGGCAGCAAACGGUGCGAGAAACGCUCAGAAAGCAAGCGAAGAUGGAAGCCGAGCUGGAGAAACAAAAGCAGAUCUCGCAAAACUAUGCUCAGGAAAAAGCACAGGCUGAGGCCGAGGCUGACAAACUGCGCCGGCAGAUGCACCGAGAGACCCAGAACCGCCUCUCCUACACGGAGACGGUGACGCUGCAAAAACUGUCCAUUGAGCGCCAGCUGAUGGAGCUCAAGAGGCAGACAGAGCAGGAAAUCGAUCGGCAGACAACGAUCGUUCAGGACGUUCUCUUGCAGCAGAAGCAAACCGAGCUGGAAGUGCAGAGACUCAGGCAGGAGCUCAAGAAGUUGUCUCUGCAGAAAGAGGCCUUCGAGAAAGAGGUCAUGCGCCUUAGGAUGGCUGCGGAGGAUGCAGCGCUUCAGAAGCUGCGCACCGAAAAGGAAACCAAAAAAAUGAAGGACCUGGCUGAGGAGGAAGCCUGUAGGAGGCACAAUGCUGAGCAAGAACUGAGAGCGAAGGCCAUAGCAGAGCAAGAAGCGGCUCGACAAACACAGUUUGCCCUGCAUGAACUCGAAAAAGUGCGCAGGGAAGUUGAAGAGGCUCAAAAACACCAUGACAUGGCUGAGACCAAGGCUAGAGAACAAGGGGAAUUGGCUAAAGUGGCUGUCCAGCACAAACAAGAAGCUGAAAUAAAAUUGAAGCGUUCAUCAUUUCACGAGGAGCUCGAGGAAGGUGGCUUGCUAAUGGAACAGCAGAAAAUCAUGAAGUCGCUGAUAACCGAAGUGGAACGGUGCAAAAAGUUGGCCGAGGAGGCAGAAGUUUGUCGUGAUGCAGCCGAGAGGGAGCUGGAAAAGUGGAGGCAGAGGACCGAUGAGGCGCUUCACUUUAAAGUCCUGGCAGAGGAAACGGCUAAAAAGAGAGCUCAUGCACAGGAGGAGGCCGAGCGCCAGAAAUCACUCGCUCAGCACGAGGCGAAGGAAUGCGCCAAGUCGGAGGAGGCGGCUCUCCGGCAGAAGCGGCACGCCGAAGACGAACUGGAGAAAAUGAGAAAAUUGGCCGUGGAAACCGCAAACGAGAAACGUUUGGCGGAGAUGGAACUUACGCGUUUGCGCACGUGCAUGGAAGAAAAUGCUCAGCACGUUGUGCUCCUGGAAGAGGAGGUAACGCGCGCCAGGGCUCACGCGUCUGAAGCAGUGCGUCAGAAAAGAAUCCUCGAGGAAGAGCUCUCUAAAGUCAAAGCGCAGCUCCAGGAGCUCAUCAAACUCAAGCUGCGUAACGAGAACGAUCAAAAGAGAUGGUCAGAACAGGAAUUUAGUAGGAUACAGAAGGCCCUUGAGGAAGAAGCGUCCGCAAAGCUGAAGGACAUGGAACAGGAGACUGCACAACUGAGAGCUCUGGCUGAGCAAGCAAUGCAACAGAGCCUCCAAGCAGAGGCAGCCUUGGCUCAGCAGAGGGAAGAUGCAAAGCAAAUGUUCAAAGAUAAGUUGGCUGCCAUUCAGGAGGCAUGCAGACUCAAGGAAGAAUCGGAGCUGGCGCUCAAGGAAAAAGAGCAGGAGGCGGAGAGGCUGAAGGUUUUGGCCGAAGAGGAGGCAUACCAGAGGCAGUUGGUUGAAGAAAAGGCGGCCCGAGAAAAGAAGGCAAUAGAAGAAGAGAAGGAGCAAAUGCGACUGCAGUCUGAGGACGAGAUAAGGAAACAGCAAGUCAUCGUUCAAGAAACAUGUUUCCAGCGAACCUUAAUACAAGAAGAAAUCCAGCUGCUAAAAAAUAAGGUGGAUGAUACUCUUCAGGAAAGGGUUAAUUUGGAAGGACAGCUCCUGCAGCUGAAGGUAUUGGCUGAUGAAACUGCACGGCUGAAGGAACAGGCUGAGUUGGAGGCGCAACAGCAGAGACAGUUUGCCCUGCAGGAGGCCCGGAAGAAACAAGAAGCCGAAGAUCACGUCCAGCGUUUGAUGAAGGCUGAACGAGACGCGGCACAGCAGUGUCGGUGCGUGCUUGACGAGCUUGAAAAUCUCAGGCAAAGGGAGCGUGAGGCACUGAUUCUGAAAGAGCAGUCUGAGCAGGAAGCGGUCAGACAGAUCGCGUUGGCAAAAGAAGCCGCUCAAACGCAAAUAGAGGCGGAAACACAGGCCAGUUUGGCGCUGCUGGAAAUUAAGUGCGCGGAAAGUGAAAAAUUGGCUUCUGAGGAAAAAGAGAAAAUUCUGCGGAUUGAAGAGGAGGCCAGCAGAGCCAAGAGGAUUGCUAUGGAGGCAGACCUCGCGAGGAAGCGGGCAGAGAUGGAAGUGCUUCUCUUUCAACAGCAGGCUGAAGAAGCACAGCGCCUGAAAGCUCAGGCUGAAGACUCAGCCGUGCAUACUGCUCAGGCUCAGGAGGAGGCAGAACGGCGUCGAAAGGAGGCAGAGGAGAACGCGAGCAGAUGUGCGGAUGCUGAGGCCGAGGCCCUGCGGCAAAAGGCACUCGCGGAAGUUGAGAUUGAACGACAAAGACGCAUUGCCCAAGAGACGGACAACCAAAGGGCCUCGACUGAACUGGAGUUGAAAGAGCUACGCUCCCUGUUGGGUAAGACCAAAUGUCAAAAGAAGGAUCUAGAAGAAGAGCUUAUCUCUCAGAAGGCUGAAGUAGCAGAGGCCGUGCAUCAGAAGAGCAUUGUGGAAGAAGAGCUGGCAGAUCUUAAAGCUCGGAUGCAUAAGGUGCUUGAAAUGCACAACAACGAUGAGCAAAUGAAGAACCUUCAUGGAAAAGCCGAAGAAGAGAAAAGUGUGCUACUUCUAGAAGAAGAAGAAAAGUUGAGGGUGGCCACGAUGGAGGCAGAGCAUCUCCGUGCAGAGGCGGAGGAAUCCGCCAGGCUGCAAAGGAAAUCUGAGCAAGAAUUGCAAAAUCAGAGAGAGCUUACGGGGAGGAUGGAGGAGGAGAAGCUCCAGGCCAUUCUGGAAGCACUGCGGCUCCAGCACGAGACGGAGGCGGUGCAGAGACAGCAAGAGAAUGCGGAAGAAAAUCUCAAAGCGUUGGCCGAAGACAAAGAGCGCUACCAGCAGCUGCUGGUGUCCGAGUCGGAGCUCUUCAAGAAGACGCUAAACGAAGAGCACCGGCGUCAGGAAGCGCUGCUGGAGGAGGCGGAUCGCCUCCGCCGACUCGUGGAGCAGCUCACCCUGGAGCGCUCGCAGGCACAGGAAGCAGCGGCGAAUGCCAAAGCGCAGUUUGACAAAGGACCGACGUUGGUCACGGAUGCUGGGCAGCAGACAGACCUCCACAAGCAAAUGAAAAACAUUGGCACCGACACCGUUUUUCUUUCGGAUAAGGAAUGCUCACGUGUGCAUUGGCAAGACGGUGAAGCUAAAACAACAUCGAGCACCGAUGAGCGUCGUAGGGACAGCAUUCCGCACGUGUCUGUGGGGGAGAGUGUGAAGGGAGGCGGCGAAGAAGUCAUUUCGGGAGGCGGCAAAACACAGCUUCAUCCCCGCGUAAUGGUUGACGCUGAGAAAAUAAUUCACCAAGCGGAGGUCGAUCAGGGACAGAUAGCAAGCGCGUGCCAUGAUUUUGAAUCUGGCAGCAAGAUAUGUCUAGAAAUUGCAGUCCAGACCGAGCCAGUAGAUUUUAGUUCAGAAAAUAAAAAUGGGCACCAAACAAAGCCAACACUGCUUGCUGAAAGAGAUGAGUUAAGUGAUGAAGGCACUGUUGGUCAACCUUUAUCAGUAGAUGGGUCUUUUUCAAAAGAGUCUGAGAUUAGUGCGAGCAAUGCGGUAACAUUGCCUACGGAUGAGCAGCAUAUUUUGUCUCAGUGCGUGCAAGAUGAACCACUAAGAAAAGAAGGACCAUUUAAUAUUGAGGUUUCGGCGAACAAAGCACGUGGUCUUUUCAUUAUCGAAGAGAUGUCUAUGGAUGUAACAUCUGGCUUAGAUGAGGUUUCAGUGCUCAAAGGGGAAGAACAUCUUGGCAGAAGCGAGAAUUCAACAGUGGCUCUUGAGCAGGGAGAAAUCCAUCAUACGUUGGAAAUGGGAGGUACUACUUUAACAUCUGAUCAACAGGGUGCAGAUGUUGGGCACAUUGCAGUUGUAGAUGGCAAACCAUCAAAUGUAGAAAUAACUGGUGGAAGACAAGAAGAUCAAUGUGAUGCCAGACUAGAGGCAACGGAUACCCGUCCAGAAAGUGGAGUGGUUGUAAAAGAAGAAAUCAAACCACCCGAUGAAAUUAUUAGCUUGAGUGAUCAUCUGAAGGCUGGCGAUAAAGCAGGUUUAGAGACGGAAGGAGCUGGACCUGUAUAUGAAACUCAAAAAUUGUCCAUAGACAAAUCUCGUGAAACUGUAGUACAACAAGAAUCCCAUAAUGACUACAGGGGAAUACUGCCCACAUAUGUUGGUGCUGCUACGUUAGUCGGUGAACAACCGUUGGAAAUGACGGUCACCGAGGGUGGUAGUGCUCGUGAUUCACAAUCAGAAAUUGCGGGUACUCGCUGUGAUCAGGGGCCUGUCGUUGAUGCCAGUGUUCAGCAAAUGGGACCUUCCGAUUCAACAGCAACCACAUUCGGGGCUCAAUCUGAAGUCGAUGCAAAGACGCACCCAAGUAUCGUAAAACUGGCGGUGGUUGCCGAAAGGACGACACUUCGAAUAACAGAGCGUACGCAAGGUGGUCAGACGGAGCCCAUCGCAGACACCAAAUUUACAGAGAGGACUAAAUUAGACGAGUCGCAAAUAUCUCACGAGUCUCAGGUGCUGCACAAGAAAAUUGAGGAAGAAGCCUUUAAGCACAAGACUGAGAGGGAGACGCUCUUAAUGAAGCAGAAGCUUCUCGACGAGGAAAAAGGAAAGCUGGAACAGAUGUACGAGGAGGAGCUCAACAAGGCCAAGGCCUUGCUGAUGGCCGAGACACGGCAGAGAAGGCAGCAGGAGGAAGAGAACAGGAAUCUGCGUGCGCAAAUUGAGGAGGGCAUGAGAAGGCAGAGGAAGAGUGAGACGGAAAUACAGCAGAAGCAGAAGGAGCUGAUGGACAUGGAGAAGAAAAAGUCUGACGAGGAGAAGCGCAGAUGGGAAGGGGAGAACCGACUGUUGCAGCAGAGACUCCGGGACUUGGAGCACCAGCAGCGGGUUUUGGAGGAGCAGAAGAAAUUGGACAUGCAGCGUCUAGAAAAAGAGAGGAAGCUCGAGCUUGAAAAGUUAGAGCAGAACAAAAAACGGGAGAUGGAGGCUCUGCAGAAGCUGACCAUGAAGACCGACAAGGUCGCCGAGAGCAAUGUCACUAUAACUAGGUCAGGUAUCACUCAAACAGAAAGCAACAACAGCAGUCGCCAAACAAGCGAGCAGCAACAAAGCGCUGGCGAGAAAUACAGCCAGGUUGCAGCGACGCUCCUUGGCGCCUCGGGCAAAACUGUAAUACAGACAUACACCGAAUACCAAAUGGAAAUUGCUCUUAAGAAACCAUUUUUAACCAUUCCGUCCGGUGUGUUGGCAGGAAAAACCCUUUCAAUUUGGGAGAUCCUUAAUUCCAGUAUUAUUUCAGAAGGAAAGAGGAGGGAGCUAAAGGCAUCCUACAAGCAAGGUGUCACAACCGUGGAGACAAUUAUCAUCAUAAUCAUAGAAAUUAUUGAGGGCAAGGGUCCGAAGAUUGAAAGGAAAAAGCUAAUUGGCGUCCAAGGAGUGAGACGCCCAGUUAGCUUGGAGGCACUGAUUAACGCGGGAUUGCUAAGCGAGGCAAAAGCUUCUCAGGUCUUGCAGGGGACGGUGACCCUCAAGGAAAUAUCGCAGUCUCUGAAAUCCCAAUUACAGAGCGGCGGUGGAAUUGCUGGGAUCCUUGUUGAGUCCACGAAUGAAAAGGUGGGCAUUUACAGUGCAAUGAAGCGAGGGAUUAUAAGCCCGACCACUGCCUUAGAAUUGCUCGAGGCUCAGGCUGCCACUGGCUACAUAUUAGACCCGGCUAACAAUGGCAAGCUGACGGUAGAUGAGGCCUUCAGGAAGGGGUUGGUUGGCUCUGAAUUUCGCGAAAAGCUGCUCACUGCUGAGAAAAUGGCAACAGGCUUUACUGAUAUGCUCACGGGGAAAAUGCUGACACUGCAGAGGGUAUUACAGAAAAGACCCGAUUUGAAGGUUAUGGCUGUUAAUUUGUUGGAGGUACAGGCGGCUACAGGUGGUAUAAUUGAGCCACAGGCAAGCAUUCGCCUACCUCUGAAAAUGGCUUAUGAGCACAAUGUCAUAGACACGGAUAUGUUCCGGACUUUGUCAGGCGUUGGCGAGCAAGUCAAAGGUUUUCAUGACCCAGACACGGAUGACAAAAUCAGUUACAAAGACCUGUUGGGCAAAUGUGUGUGCGAUUCAGAAUUUGGUUUCUCCCUGCUUCCGGUGAAAGAAAAGGAAAAGGACAGGAGGCCCUCGUCCAAAUCAUCUUUACGGACCCGUAAGAUCAUUAUCAUAGAUCCCGAUACAAAGAGAGAAAUGACUGUGUAUGAGGCAUACCGAAAAGGUUUCAUUGAUGUGCACACAUAUUUUAAGCUCACAGAACAAGAAGGUGAGUGGAAGGAAACUGUAACAAUAAUGCCAGACGGCAGUGUCUCCACUCUUUUGAUGGACAGCAGAUCCGGAAAAGAGUUCAACGUUGAUGAUGCACUUGCGAAAGGCGUAUUAACCGAGGCUAGCUUUAAACAGUACAAGGAAGGAUCUAUUUCCGUCUCAGAAUUGGCCGGUAUGCUGAGUGCAAGCGCGCCUAUGCAUGAAGUCCAACCAUCAUCUCCAAGAUCACCACAAACUGGCGGUAGUGCUGUGUUUGUGGAAUCUGGCAGCUUGUGUUCAUUCAGUGACCCCACAGAGGAAACCACGCCAGUCGCAGGAAUUUUGGAUCUUCACGAAAAGGAAAACAUUACCAUCAAAGAAGCAAUGAAGAGACAUUUAGUCGAUGGAUCAACGGGUCAAAAGCUAUUUGAGGCUCAGGCAUGCACUGGGGGAAUCAUAGAUCCAGCAACAGGUCAGAGAUAUUCCCUUGAUAAAGCAGUUGAAAAGAAUCUUAUUGAUAAAAUAAUGAAAGAAAGGCUUCAACUCGCUGAGAAGGCGUUCAAAGGAUUUGAAGAUUCCCGUAAUAAAACAGUAAUUUCCACAGCGCAGGCUAUGAAAAAAGGUUCCUUGUAUACUGAGGCAGGGCAGAGAUAUCUUGAGGUGCAGUACUUAACAGGAGGCCUCAUUGAACCUGGUAUAAAAGGCCGAGUGCCAAUUGAUGAAGCUCUUCGGAAGGGCACAAUUAGCGAGGUAAUGGUCAAGAAAUUGCGCAAUGUGAACACUUACGCAAAAUACAUGAUUUGCCCGAAAACAAAAGCAAAAAUAUCCUACAAGGAGGCGAUGGACCGUUCCAAGAUAGACGCCCCGACUGGCUUAAGGUUCCUCGAAGCUUCUACGCUGACCAGCUUGGGAGUGUCGGCCCAGCAGGCCAUUGCUGUGUCUGGUGGGUCUAGCUCGAGCUUUGGAAGCGCUUUUUUCUUUGGCUCAAGUUCAAGUUCUGUUGACAGUGGUGGCCAUGGCACAGGGUUUAGCACUCAUACAUUUUCUGGUCAGACUGGUUUUAGUUCAGGUCAGAGGGUUGCGACUUCUCCUACGAUGCUUUCUAACGAGUCCGAUCAUUUUUUAGGGGUGGGCUCCGUGUCUGAGAGUUCUAAAUUGCUCUCGGACACGGAGGCUCCCGAAAUGAUGAUGCACGUUACCGAGUCAGAUUCCAGCCGAUCCCUCCACCCUUCCUGCGAUGGUGCUUCACACAAAGUAAAGGCGACAGACAGCAGUGCCAACUUGUCUAAUUCAGCUGGAACAUAUCGAUCCCCUCCUUUGUCUAGCGAUGCCAUUUCCCAUGGACACGUCGAUGGGUCCAUGCUUGGGAAUACACCUGAGCAAUUAAUAGAGUAUCACCAUGGACACGAUUACCUUACCCAUCCUGAAAAACAUAAUGCGGAAGUUAAAGAUCAUGAAAAUGUAACUUACUAUAUUUUGAAAAAGUCACCACCAGGGUCUCCAAAUAAGAUGUCCGAUACUGAUUUUGGCAGUUCGAAAAUAAAUGUCACAUCAGUAGUUUAUUCUUCUGGAAGUUUGGCUGAUUAUAUGGCACAGCCAACCAAAGCAAAUGUCAUCACCACAAUCACAGACGUAGUAAACACCCUUGGUGUAGAAAGUUUAUCAUAUGAAAAUGUAAGUGGCUCCAAAACUACAUCUCCAUCAACACAGAAUUUAAAGUGUGUUUAUUCUGACGAAGGCCUAGGCAUUAAGGCUUCAAACCAUCAUGAAGAUGAACUAUGUGCUCCUCUCGACAUCUGCGAAAGUGAAUUGUACAACCAAGAAGGGAAAAAUGUCACCGGAACCCCCCAGAAAAUUGAGGAUGUUCCACAAAGUGAAAAAGGACCUUAUUUUGAACACGACAAAGGGGAGAAGCCUUCAAUGUCUGAGAACAGCUUCUACAAUUUCUCCUGGGCACAACGGUGGCAGAAGGAGCAAGGCUGCUUGGUGCCACAGAAUGACCUGGUAGAGUGCCCUCGCAAUGGGGUUGCUGUGUACUUUGGGCUGGACAAGACACUGCUAGGGGACAGCGAUGAUGAUGACCUCUCCUGUGAUAACAGCCCGAAAGCUCAAGCAUCUUGCAGUGUGACGUCCCUGGAACAGUCCAGAGAAGGUCACCUGUCAAAGGUGGACGAGCUUCUCUCGUGGGUGUCGGGCAUCGGCGAGAAUCUCCAGAGCAGACGAGCGCAGUCCAGUGGCCUCAGCCCCGGCUCUGAGCUGCUGGACCAGAGCUGCAAUGAGCAGCAGAGUUUGGUUGACCAGCUGUCCUCCCAGAAGGAUGCCGUUGCUGAGGCCAUUCGACAGACGGAGUUGUUUUUGGCUCAACAUGGCAGCAAGCUAUCAGAAGAACAGAAGGCCGAAAUUCAGGCCAAGCUUAACAACCUCAAGCAAACCUACCAGCAGCUGUGCGAGCAGUCGGCAGAGGAGUUGCAACAGCUUCACAAGGAAGCGCAGCGCAAGGGUAACGUGGCAAUUGCCGGAAUAAUUUACCUAGGCACGUCAGAAGUCUUCUCAAUAUAUCAUGCGGUCAAGAAAGGGCUCCUUGAUCACGAAACUGGCCUGGCACUGUUAGAAACGCAAGUUAUUUUGAGUGGUUUGGUCGAUCCAUGUGCAAACCAGGUGAUCUCACUGAAAGAGGCCUUGCACAGGGGGCUCAUUGAUGACCACAUUCACGGUUGUUUAGAAAUUAUUCAGCUCCAUCGACAAGCGGUCAGUGGCAUUCCAUUUGACCGUUCACAUCAUCUGCCCGUUGUAACAGCUGUGGACACAGGACAGAUCCCAGAAGGCAUUGGGAUGAAGAUUCUGGAAGCACAGCUUGCAACAGGAGGAUUAAUUCACAAGGCUUUCACUGAUGACCUGUCGCUGGAGAAGGCAUCCCAGCUGAACUUAAUAACACCACAGUACCUCUCCAAGCUCCUGGAGAGGAACAAGACCUGCCAGAGCCUGCUCGAUCCCAAUUCACUCGAGAAAGUGUCCCUCUCUGAGCUGUUGCAGCGAUGUAUUUACCAUGAGGAAACUGGCCAAAAGCUUUUGCCUGUCGGGCAGACGACAGCAGGAAUGAUUUGCCUAAAGUCUGGUAGAAAAGUCAGUGUACUCAGGGCAGUUCACGAAGGGCUUAUCGACAGGCACGUGAUGAUUCGUCUUUUGGAAUGCCAGCUUUUCGCAGGGGGCAUUGUUGAUCCUAGGACAGGGCGCAGGAUGACUGCAGAAGAAGCCGUGAACCAUAACCUUAUCGACCACGAGACAAUGUCCUCGCUGCUAGUCCAGCAAGUCAUGUCUGGCGGGAUUGUGGAUCCUUCCUGUGGUCAGAGACUCUCCGUGGAUGAAGCUGUGGCUCAAAAAAUAAUCUCUCCAACAAGUGCCCUGGUUGUUUUGGAAUCUCUGCAGGCAUUCAGAGGUCUCAUUUGGGUGGAGUCUGGGGAGCUGAUGCCAGUCUCAACUGCACUACAUCAGGAUGCUAUUAGUACGGACACAGCACUGAAGGUUUUGGAAAACCGCCAUUAUGUGGCUGGGCUUUAUGUACCCGAGGCUGGUGGAGUGUUGUCGAUAAAGGAGUCUGCCAAAAGAUCUGUCCUGGACAUUGCGAUUAGUGAUAGUCUGAAGGGGAUCCUUGUGCCAGAUGAAAAUCCAUUCCUCAAGCAGCAGCCCUGUCAAAUUCAGAAAGAUGCUUCUGUAGGAGAUGCAGAGGAACAUGGCAGUGAAGUGGAUAAAGAACAUCUGCUUAAAUACGUCCUGGAUCACAGUUACAUGGACACUAAAACAGGGCACAGGCUAAUAGUGAUGGAUGCUGGCGUUACAUGCCUGACCAGAGGGGUAAUCGAAGGAAGCCACGUAGAGAUGGACAUUAACGAACAAAUGUUUUCCGAGGAGGACCUAGCUCGUGAAGAGAACAGGGUGACUAAAUUACUGCCAUGUGAGAAAGAAAGUAAUAAUGGGGAAAUGCCACGGAUAUCAAGUGAUGCGCUAGAUUCUACAUUAAGCACUGAUGUUGAUAGCCAGCAGCGUGGAUCUGCAGAUGAGAUGGGUGACAUGAAGGUGAUUGAAAUGUGUGCUUCCCUUACAAAAGCACUUUCAGAUGUUGGCAACAUAGACCUAUGCAUGAAGGAAAUAGAGGAGAGCACUGCACUGGCUGAAAAAGAAGCAUCUGCACUGAGUAAAGAUUCAGGCUACAGGUCUGUGGACACAACCGAAGACAACACAGUUCUUGAGAAUGUUCUGUCACUGUCUGAUGAGGCCAUCUUCAAUGAAGAAAAACAUCUGGAGGAAAUGCCAUUGGAAGGAGCUGAAGGUAAUCGCAAACGCUCCGAGACAGAUGAAAACUUGACUCCUAUGCAAAACAUUAAAAGUGCCUUUGAUCAAAACAGGGCAGAUCACGAUUGUGGUGUAGUGAGUGAAGUGGAUGUAGCAGGUGGUAAAGUGUAUGUUCCAAAGAUGCACGUUGAUGCCGAGAAGGAUGAGACGCAGCGUAUCGAUUUGCAAAAUGUAGGUUGUAGCUCAAACGCAGAGGACUUCGAACGGAAGUUAAAUGAGCACUCCGAUGAAGAUAAGCGAGAGGGGAAUGUCCCGAGAGAAGAUUGCUUGGUUGAAAAAGAACCAUUUCAUGACGUAGGGCAACUUGCUGAAACUGCUGUAGUGGUUUCUGAAGAUGGAGCACGGCAGUCAAAAGAUGUGCGGGUUUCCAAUAUUGAUGAAGCGAAAGCGUUGCAAAAACCCGUGGGCCUACAUAUUAAACAAGAAAAGAUGCCUUUUGAACCUCCUGAGUUAACCAAAUCAAAAAAUAUAAAUAGUGAGUUACUAAAACAUACUGAUGAUGAUGAGGAGGAGUAUAGCGCUCGUGAUAUAAAGGAAACUACCUCGGAGGAAAUUGGAAAUGUGGCGGACCUUGACGAUAUUUUUCAAAGUGUUGUUGAAUGCUCGGACACUGAUGAAAUGAGCCAGGAUGGAGAGAGCCUCCAUAUGAUCAGUCGUCCUUUACGGGAGCCAGAGAUUGCCUCAAAUGUUUUUGAUGAUCAAACCGAACCAAAUGACAAUAUCAGCUCCAAUUUAGCUCCAGACAAAUGGCACGGAGAGACAACACCCAACAUUUUACAGGCCCACACCGAACAAACAGAGGCAAAUAAUGGCCAGAGUGCAAUGAAUAUAGCCACGAGUGAUGAAUUGAACAACGUGGUGAAUCAAGAGCUGGUCAAAGAUGUAUCUGGAUUACAGAAAACGAAAACGGCCAUUGCUUCAGAAGCAGAAUUAUUGUUAUCCGCUGACCAAAUUGUUAACGAUGAUACAAGAUUGUCUUCUGGUAGCGUGAGCUCAGAAAGUUGCCAAGAUGACAAACACGCCAUUUUCAUAUGCUCCGAAGCAAAGCCUGCUCCUGCAUUGCCUGCUGUAGAGAUGGUCAAGAAGGUUGGUGAGGAGGUGGUGCUGCGUGAAAUUGAAGGUGAAGACGAGAAAAGAGACACCGAUGUAAAGGUGACUGAGACAGAUGUUGUUACUGGAAAAUUCCAAAAAGACAAUGUUGUAGGUCCGCACAAAGACGACAAUACACUACUUAACUCUUUAGGAAAAUAUAAUCUUAAAGAUGAGACCUUAACUGUGGAAGCAGUUGAUGGUAGUCCUAUCAAAGGCCCCAUGACGCAUGUUGAAAAGGUUGAAAGUGAGGAUGUGAGCAAUGAGUUUGGAACGUGUGUUCCUUUCGAGAAAGGCAUUGCAGGUGUGCCGAGUGAACGGCCUGAUGAAGUUGUGGUUGAAGGAGCUUCAGGAGUGCUGGAUGAAUGUGAGAAGAGAGAGCAAAUAAAAGCAAAGGAAACCACUGAGAACUAUUUGGAGGACACGCCCAUCCACGUGGUUGACAUUGAAGAGUUGGAACAGGAUCAAGAGCAACGCAGGCACGGGACGAGUGAACAUAAAGAAGGCGUUUCUCUAACUUGUGAAGUUGAGGAGCAACAAGGAGGUGAUGAAUGCUCAGAUGGGCAACAUCUCACAGGAGAAGAGGUUUCCUUCCGUGAAGUUGUGAAACAUGAGCGACAAGGUGUGAAAAGCACCAAUGAAGAAUGUCAAAAUCGGAACGAUAUUCAUUCUCCUGAAAUGGGUCAAGAUCAAGUCAGUGUAAAACCUGGCGAUGUUAAAGUGGUGUCUGAAACGGUUUCCACUGCUGAGGUAAAGCAAGGGCAAAUGGGGCUACAGCAGACGCAUGAGGAUUCUCAGAGUGUGAAAGAUGUCUCUUCUGAUUCAAGCGAACAAGAGAGAGACACAGAAAAACAGGAAGAAGAUUCUCAGAGUGUGAAAGAUGUCCCUUCUGAUUUAAGCGAACAAGAGAGAGACACAGUAAAACAGGAAGAUGAUUCUCAGAGUGUGAAAGAUGUCUCUUCUGAUUCAAGUGAACAAGAGAGAGACACAGUAAAACAGGAAGAAGAUUCUCAGAGUGUGAAAGAUGUCCCUUCUGAUUCAAGCGAACAAGAGAGAGACACAGUAAAACAGGAAGAUGAUUCUCAGAGUGUGAAAGAUGUCCCUUCUGAUUCAAGCAAACAAGAGAGAGACACAGUAAAACAGGAAGAUGAUUCUCAGAGUGUAAAAGAUGUCUCUUCCGAUUCAAGCGAACAAGAGAGAGACACAGUAAAACAGGAAGAAGAUUCUCAGAGUGUGAAAGAUGUCCCUUCUGAUUCAAGCGAACAAGAGAGAGACACAGUAAAACAGGAAGAUGAUUCUCAGAGUGUGAAAGAUGUCUCUUCUGAUUCAAGCGAACAAAAGAGAGACACAGUAAAACAGGAAGAUGAUUCUCAGAGUGUGAAAGAUGUCUCUUCCGAUUCAAGCGAACAAGAGAGAGACACAGUAAAACAGGAAGAUGAUUCUCAGAGUGUGAAAGAUGUCCCUUCCGAUUCAAGCGAACAAGAGAGAGACACAGUAAAACAGGAAGAUGAUUCUCAGAGUGUGAAAGAUGUCUCUUCUGAUUCAAACGAACAAGAGAGAGACACAGUAAAACAGGAAGAAGAUUCUCAGAGUGUGAAAGAUGUCUCUUCCGAUUCAAGCGAACAAGAGAGAGACACAGUAAAACAGGAAGAUGAUUCUCAGAGUGUGAAAGAUGUCUCUUCUGAUUCAAGCGAACAAGAGAGAGACACAGUAAAACAGGAAGAUGAUUCUCAGAGUGUGAAAGAUGUCUCUUCUGAUUCAAGCGAACAAGAGAGAGACACAGUAAAACAGGAAGAUGAUUCUCAGAGUGUAAAAGAUGUCUCUUCUGAUUCAAGCGAACAAGAGAGACACACAGUAAAACCGGAAGAUGAUUCUCAGAGUGUAAAAGAUGUCUCUUCCGAUUCAAGCGAACAAGAGAGAGACACAGCAAAACAGGAAGAUGAUUCUCAGAGUGUGAAAGAUGUCUCUUCCGAUUCAAGCGAACAAGAGAGAGACACAGUAAAACAGGAAGAUGAUUCUCAGAGUGUGAAAGAUGUCUCUUCUGAUUCAAGCGAACAAGAGAGAGACACAGUAAAACAGGAAGAUGAUUCUCAGAGUGUGAAAGAUGUCUCUUCUGAUUCAAGCGAACAAGAGAGAGACACAGUAAAACAGGAAGAUGAUUCUCAGAGUGUGAAAGACGUCUCUUCUGAUUCAAGCGAACAAGAGAGAGACACAGUAAAACAGGAAGAUGAUUCUCAGAGUGUGAAAGAUGUCCCUUCUGAUGUAAGCCAACAAGAGAGAGACACGGAGAUACAUGAAGAUGAUUCUCAGAGUGUAAAAGAUGUCUCUUCUGAUUCAAGUGAACAAGAGAGAGACACAGUAAAACAGGAAGAUGAUUCUCAGAGUGUGAAAGAUGUCCCUUCUGAUGUAAGCCAACAAGAGAGAGACGCGGAGAUACAUGAAGGUGAUUCUCGGAGUGUAAAAGAUGUCCCUUCUGAUGCAAGCCAGCAAGAGAGAGACACGGAGAUACAUGAAGAUGAUUCUCAGAGUGGAAAAGAUGUCCCUUCUGAUGCAAGCGAGCAAGAGAGAGACACGGAGAUACAUGAAUAUGAUUCUCAGAGUGUAAAAGAUGUCCCUUCUGAUGCAAGCCAGCAAGAGAGAGACACAGUGAAACAGGAAGAUGAUUCUGAGAGUGUAAAAGAUGUCCCUUCUGAUGCAAGCCAGCAAGAGAGAGACACGGUAAAAAAUGAUGAUGAUUCUCGGAGUGUAAAAGAUGUCCCUUCUGAUGUAAGCCAGCAAGAGAGAGACACAGUAAAACAUGAUGAUUCUGAGAGUGUAAAAGAUGUCCCUUCUGAUGCAAGCCAGCAAGAGAGAGACACGGAGAUACAUGAAGAUGAUUCUCAGAGUGGAAAAGAUGUCCCUUCUGAUGCAAGCCAACAAGAUAGAGACACAGAGAUACAUGAAGAUGAUUCUCAGAGUGGAAAAGAUGUCCCUUGUGAUGCAAGCCAGCAAGAGAGACACACAGAGAUACAUGAAGAUGAUUCUCAGAGUGUGAAAGAUGUCCCUUCUGAUGCAAGCCAGCAAGAGAGAGACACGGUAAAACAUGAAGAUUCUGAGAGUGUAAAAGAUGUCCCUUCUGAUGUAAGCCAAAAAGAGACAAACACAGUAAAACAUGAUGAUUCUGAAAGUGUAAAAGAUGUCUCUUCUGAUGUAAGCCAGCAAGAGAGAGAAACGGAGAUACAUGAAGAUGAUUCUGAGGGUGUAAAAGAUCUCCCAUCUGACGCAAGCCAGCAAGAGAGAGACACGGUAAAACAUGAUGAUUCUGAGAGUGUGAAAGAUGUCCCUUCUGAUGCAAGCCAGCAAGAGAGAGACACGGUAAAACAUGAUGAUUCUGAGAGUGUAAAAGAUGUCCCUUCUGAUGUAAGCCAGCAAGAGAGAGAAACUGUGAAACAGGAAGAUUCUGAGAGUGUGAAAUAUGUCUCUUCUGAUGCAAGCCAGCAAGAGAGAGACACAGAGAUACAUGAAGAUGAUUCUGAGAGUGUAAAAGAUGUCUCUUCUGUUGUAAGCCAGCAAGAGAAAGACACAGUGAAACAGGAAGUUGAUUCUCAUAGUGUAAAAGAUGUCCCAUCUGAUGCAAGCCAGCAAGAGAGAGACACGGAGAUACAUGAAGAUGAUUCUGAGAGUGUAAAAGAUGUCCCAUCUGAUGCAAGCCAGCAAGAGAGAGACACGGAGAUACAUGAAGAUGAUUCUGAGAGUGUAAAAUAUGUCCCUUCUGAUGCAAGCCAGCAAGAGAGAGACACAGUAAUAAAAGAUGAUUCUGAGAGUGUAAAAGAUGUCCCUUCUGAUGCAAGCCAGCAAGAGAGAGACACGGAGAUACAUGAAGAUGAUUCUGAGGGUGUAAAAGAUGUCCCUUCUGAUGCAAGCCAGCAAGAGAGAGACACGGAGAUACAUGAAGAUGAUUAUGAGAGUGUAAAAGAUGUCCCUUCUGAUGCAAGCCAGCAAGAGAGAGCAGUAAAAAAUGAUGAUUCUGAGAGUGUAAAAGAUGUCCCUUCUGAUGCAAGCCAGCAAGAGAGAGACACGGAGAUACAUGAAGAUGAUUCUGAGAGUGUAAAAGAUGUCCCUUCUGAUGCAAGCCAGCAAGAGAGAAACACAGUAAAACAUGAUGAUUCUGAAAGUGUGAAAGAUGUCCCAUCUGAUGCAAGCCAGCAAGAGAGAGACACGGAGAUACAUGAAGAUGAUUCUGAGAGUGUAAAAGAUGCCCCUUCUGAUGCAAGCCAGCAAGAGAGACACACGGUAAAACAUGAUGAUUCUGAGAGUGUAAAAGAUGUCCCAUCUGAUGCAAGCCAGCAAGAGAGAAACACAGUAAAACAUGAUGAUUCUGAAAGUGUAAAAGAUGUCCCAUCUUACGCAAGCCAGCAAGAGAGACACACACUAAAACAUGAUGAUUCUGAAAGUGUAAAAGAUGUCCCAUCUGACGCAAGCCAGCAAGAGAGACACACGGUAAAACAUGAUGAUUCUGAGAGUGUAAAAGAUGUCCCUUCUGAUGCAAGCCAGCAAGAGAGACACACGGUAAAACAUGAUGAUUCUGAGAGUGUGAAAGAUGUCCCUUCUGAUGCAAGCCAGCAAGAGAGAGACACAGUAAAACAUGAUGAUUCUGAGAUUGUAAAAGAUGUGUCUUCUGAUGCAAGCCAGCAAGAGCAAGGGAUGGUGAAACGUGAAGAUCACGAUCCUCACAGUGAGAAAGAUAUAUUUUUUUCAAGUGCAAAUCAACAAGAGCAAGAUACAUUAGAAAAAGAAUAUGACCAUUCUCAUUGGGGGGAAGAUCCAACUUCUAGUGCAGGUCAACAAAAGCAAGAGACAAUAAAAUCUAAUGCUGAAAAACAUGACCCUUCUAUUGUAAUUGAGCUAGAUGCCGCUUAUAAUGCACACCAACAAAAGCGAGACACGCUGCACCAUGAAGAUGACGAUUCUAAAAGUGUGAACGAUACACCUUCUCCUUGUGCAAAUCAACAAGAGCCAGACCCCGUGAAAAAUGAAGAUGAUCGUCCUCAUAGCAAGGACGAUACGCCUUCUGCUGAAAGGAUUGAGCAAGUACAAGGCCAAUUGAGAGUGGAGCCCAAAGAUGCGAGUGUGUCAUCUGGAAAAGUCUUUGCUGCAACAGAAACUUCAAAGUUCGAGCCAACUCCCUUGCCAUUGAAUGACAGUUUACUUGAUACCGGUGAUAUGAAAGAAAAAACAUUAGAUAAGCGCCUAUUUCAAGAGGUGCCAGUGCAGGCAGCUUGUCAAAUUGAAAAGACGCUUACGCCUCUUGAAGGUGACCUUUCAAAGAAUGCCACCGCUAAAGAUUUACAGCAGGAGGGCGGAAGCAACAACGUGGACAUCGUCAUUGGCAAUGAGGCUUUGCCUGAGCCCCACUCGGCAAGGGAUGGUCGUUGUGAACGAGAAGAUGUGACACACGAUGAAGGCUCCGUCAUUGACCUGGAGCAAGUCCUGGAGGUGCGGCAACGAGAGUGUUCACAGAAGCUGAGCGACCUGGAGUCCUGGCUGGAUGAAGCAUCCAGUGGCCUCUCCACCCAGGAUAACCUCCAUGAACUUAACGAUCUGCAACAACAACAGCUGCAGCACCAGAUGCUGCAGAGGGACCUGGCGACCCGCGCCGGCGAGAUGGAGGAGAUGGUGCGCAGCACGCAGCGCUUCCUCGACGAGAACCGCGAGCGGCUCGACCCCGAGUUCGUGGCCGCCGUGGAGAAGAAGCUCGCCGACGCCAAGAGCAAGCUCGGCGAGCUGCAGGCCGAGGCCCAGGCCAAGCAGAGGCAGCUCGAUGCCUCCGUGAGCACCGCCAUCAAGCAGAAGACUGAGAAGCUGGCCGCCGCAGAACAGCUGGAAGAAAACAAGGACAAGAUCGAUCAGCUGCUUGGGUGGCUCUCAUCUCUGGAGGAACCCCAGGACGAGGCGGACAGCCGCAGUGCCAUUUCGGAGCACGAUGCGAUGAAGGCCUACCACCAGCAGGUGCUGGCGCAGCAGCAGGGCUUCCUCAUUGCGGCGCAGCAGUCCCAGGCUUUCCUGGACAAGCACGGCGCCUCCCUGCCUCCCGACGAGCGCGAGAAGCUGGAGCGCAACCUGGCCAGCCUGCGCGACCGCUUCGAGGCCACGCUGGCGCUCGCCGACGGCAAGUGGCGUCUGGUGCAGGAGGUGCAGGACGACGCCGGCAAGUUCGGCGCCGAAUGCGACGAGUUCGAGGGCUGGCUCGACCAGGCCGAGGGCGACAUGGGGGAGCUGGGACGAUCGGCCGCCGACCCCGAGUCGCUGCGGAGCGUGCGGCGGAGGCACGGCAGCUUCUCGGACGACGUGGUGUCACACAAGGGUGACCUGCGCUACCUCAGCCGCUCGGGCCAGAAGGUUCUGGGCGCGAUCAAGGCGUACGAGGAGCUGUGCGCCAAGGUCACUGACGGGCCCUCGGGACCCAGCUUCAACACGGACGCCAUCGCCGUCACCGUCAAGGACAGGCUUCAGCAGGUCGACGGCCGGUUCGGCACUCUGCGCGCACAGUGCGAUGACCUUGGAAGCCAGCUGGUGGACAGACAGGAAAAGUACAAGCACUACCAGGAGGCAUCGUCAGAGCUGGUGCCCUGGCUGCAGCAGGCUGAGCUCGCGGCCGACAAGCUGAAGUCCGACCCCGUGGCCGCCACUGCCGAUGGCCUGCAGAGGCAGCUGGAGGAAGCAAAGAAACUGAAGGAAGAUGUGACGGCUCACAAGACCGCCAUGCAGAGAUUCACUCGCGCAACGGAGGCGCUUCUUGCGACGACUGGCGAGCCGCUCACAAACCAACAGGAAAUUCAAAACACACUGGACGACGCGAUGAGGAGGUACGAAGAGCUGUCGCGCUCGUCAGCUGAGCACGGGGAGCGCCUGGAGGCGGCUCUGGAGCAGUCGGUGAGCCUGCAGGACGGCCUGGAGAAGAUGCUUCAGUGGCUCGAGGAGGCCGAGAGGCAGGUGGAGGAAGAAGCCAGCGGCCUCAUCACAUCCCACUCCGUGCGGCAGAUGAUGACCGACAAUGAGUCACUGCAAGAGGAGCUGAAGCGCAAGCGUGGCCGCAUGGCGUCCAUGCGCGAGAAAAUCGAGGGCCUGCUCGCCACGGCCGACCCAGUGACCGCCGCCGACCUCAAGGAGAAGCUGCGGCGCCUGGAGGAAAGAUUUGACGCGCUGGACGGCCGGUGCCAGGACAAGGACGGCAACCUGGGCGGCCUGGCAGAGAAGAUGGAGGUGGUGGAGAGAGCCACCGAGAGGAUGGGCUCCCUCAUGGCUCCGGGAGAGAAGGGCUUCAACAUGGUGGAUGGAGGAGGAGGCAUGGAUUUCUCCGAAAUGAGCCGGGAUGUGAAGUGGCGAAGCUCGGAGCUGUCGGCGGAGGCCGGGAAGAUGGAGGAGCUGCAGAAGCUGGCGAAGGAGCUUGCGGAGAUGGAACCGUCAGCCGCCAGGGACCAGAUGCUGGAGAAGAUUAACGGCAUCCUUGCAGAGUGGCACCAGCUCCAGGAGGAAGUCCGGGAGAGGGAGGCGAAGGUGGCGUCGUUCCAGCUACAGCUGGACGAGUUCCGUGUCCUGGUGGAAUCUCUGCGCCAGUGGCUCACGGAAACGGAGGGCAGAGUGCCGUCGGACGCGUCCACCGGCGCGGCGGAGAGCCUCCAGGAUCAUGUGCAGCUCGUUCAGAGUCUUCUUGUGGAGUGGGAGGCUAAAGGCCCGAACGUGGAUGACGUCAAAAAGCAGGCCGAAGAACUGGAGAAGCUUCUUGCAACAAUGGUAUCCGCUGACGCGGUAACAGAGAGCCAGGUCAAAUCAGGUUCUAUACCAAGUUCCUCACCUAGUGUAAAUGGUCACUCCACCAGUAAAGAGCUGGCCACGAUUCAGAGCGACGUGUCGGACGUGAGCGGGCGCUACGACGAGCUGGGCCGCGCCCUGAGGGACAGGGAGCGGGCGGCCGCGUCGGCGCUGGAGAGGGUGGAGCAGGUGCGCGGCGAUGCCGACUCCCUCAUGGGCUGGCUGGCAGGCAAGCUGCAGGACGUGUCCGGGUGGAGCGGCGCUCCCUCCGAGGGCAGCGCCAUCAAAUCUGAGGCCGAGCGCAACAAGCUGCUACUCUCUGAGAUUGAAAACAACUUGCCAAAAGUGCAGGCUCUCAGACAGCAGCUACGGGAGCUCUUGGAGAAAAACCCAGACUCUCCUGAAGCGGACAAGUGGAGGAGCAUGCUGAAGGAACUUGAUGAUCAGUGGGCGGCGGUUCACCAGUCGGCUAGCGAGAGGCAGCAGCAGCUGGAGGAGUCGUGUGGCCUCCUGGAGACGUUCCGCACGCUCGAGUCCCAGCUGAGCCAGUGGCUGAUGGAGAAGCAGCUCAUGAUGAGUGUCCUGGGUCCCCUCUCCAUCGAUCCCAAUAUGCUGGCCAACCAGAAACAGCAGGUCCAGUUCAUGCUCAAAGAGUUCGAGGCACGGCGGCCACAGUACGACCAACUCAACCAAGCGGCGCAAGGCAUUCUGGGCAAAGGGGGCGAGAACCGCGACGCGAACGAGCGCGUCGCCGAGCAGCACGCGGCCGUCAACGGCACCUGGGGCGACAUCACGGGCCAGCUGUCGAGCCGCUCGGACCGCAUCGACAAGGCACUGGAGACCAGCGCGACGUACGCCGACGUCCUGCGGGAGCUCUCCGACAAAGUCUCAGGCCUGGGCGCAAAGCUGAGCAAGCAGGGGCCGCUGAGCACCCAGCCCGAGGUGGUGAAGCGGCAGCUGGAGGAGGCGGGGGAGAUCGCCGGGGAGAUUGAGCUGCAGAAGGACCAGCUGGAGGAGGCCGAGUACCUGUGCCAGGAGCUCUCGGACCUGGUCCAGGAGCCGUACCUCCAGACGGAGAUCCGGAGGAGGCUCGGUAGUGUCAUGGUACCUUUCAAAGAGCUGGAGGAUAGAGCAGGCGACCGGAUGAAUCAGCUGCAGACGGCGUUGGCCAGCUCCCAGCAGUUUCAGCAGAUGUUCGACGAGCUUCGUGGCUGGCUGGAUGAGCAACGUGGGGAGCAGGCCACCAUGCCCCCAAUAUCAGCCAAGAUAGACCAGCUGCAGGCCCAGCUACAACAACAAAGUGAUUUUCUGAAGUCCCUGAACCAGCACGCCGGCACCUACCAUGUAGUCGUGGCAGAGGGGGAGGCUCUGCUUCAGGCCACUCAGCCCGGGGCGGAGAAGACUGCCCUGCAGACGCAGCUUGCAUCCCUGAAGGAGCAUUGGGAGGACCUCAUGAAGCAAGCGGGAGACCGGCACCACAGGCUGCAGGAUGCCCUGAAGAAGGCACAGCAUUACAAGCAGCUGGCGGAUGAGCUAAGACCGUGGGUUGAGGACAGCGAGGGAAAACUGACAGCCAUUGACAAGGUUAGCAUUGACCAGACGGAAGUCGACAGACAGUUGGCAGGUGGGAAGGCCAUGAGGCAAGAUGUAGAGAGGCGCCACGGCAUGCUGGAGGCGCUGAACACGGCAGCCGACAACUUCAUUGACUCCUGCCAAGUAGACGAGGAGAUGGUCCGGGAUGAGAAGGCCGAGCUCAACCAAAGGAUGGACAACUUGACGGAGAACGUCUUGCUGCGGGUCGAAGGCUUGGAGGAGAUGGCGCAGAGGCUCAAGGAGUUCCACGACUCGCAGAAAGACAUCCAGAAGAAGCUUGACGACGCCUGCCAGCAGAUUCGUUCGCACGACGCCAUGGGAAACCAGGCUUUCAACAACAAGCAGCUCGAGAAGAUGAAGGCGUACCACGAGGGCAUGGAAGCGCUGGCCCCACAGGUGGACUACAUGCACAACUUUGCCCUUGGCCUCGUGGCCGAUGCCUCCGAGGGCAGCGACACGUCCUCGGUCGUACGGCUCACCGAGGAGACGCGCAGCUCGUUCGACAGCGCCCUGGCCGGCAUCACCGAGCGCUGCAGCGUCUUGGACGGUCGGCUGCAGGGCGUGAACCGCUUCCAGGGCCACGUGAGGGAGCUCUUCACGUCGCUGACGGACCUGGACGAUGAGCUCGACACGAUGGGGCCAACAGCUCGCGAUGUAGACACGCUGCAGUGCCAGCUGGAACACCUUGGCAGCAUCCAGGAAAAGCUACAGAACCUGCGCGAUGAAAUCAGGAAAGCCGGCGAAGGGUGCGCCAAGAUGCAGGAGAAUGAAGCCGGGAUGGAUCUGCAGGGGGUCAAGAGGGAGGUGGAGACCCUGAAGAAGCAGAGCGGUCGGCUGGCCGACAGGACGGACACACGGCAAGCGGAGUUGCAGGAGACACUGGCCCAGGUGGAGGACUUCCACCGCAAGAUACAGGCGCUGAACCAGCAGCUGCAGGCCGCCGAGGCCACUGAGGACGAACAGGGCCCGGUGGCUGCUGAGCUCGAGCUCAUCAACCAGCAGAUGGAGACCUUCCAGAGUUUCCAGAAGGGGGAGGUGGAGCCCUUGCAGGUGAGCGUGCAGGAGGUGAACACGCUGGGCCACGGCCUGGUGCAGAGCGCCGCCAAGUCGGUAGCAACGCAGGGCCUGGAGCACGAGCUGGAAGAGACCAACGCUUGCUGGAACACUCUCAACAAAAAGGUGGCCGAGCGAGCUGUGCAGUUGCAGAGGGCCCUGCUGCAUUGUGGGAAGUUCCAGGAUGCCCUGGAGUCUCUGUUGAGCUGGCUCGCCGACACAGAAGAGCUCAUAGCCAAUCAGAAGCCUCCCUCGGCUGAGUACAAGGUGGUCAAGGCUCAGAUCCAGGAGCAGAAGCUCCUGGCGCUGCUGUUGGACGACCGCAAGCACAGCAUCGAGGUGAUCCGCAAAGAGGGGCAGCAAAUCGCAGACUCGGCCGACGCUCCCGACAAGGAGAAGAUCCUCAAGCAGCUGUCCAGCCUGGGCCGCCGUUGGGAGGCCCUCACCUCCAAGGCCGAUGCCAGGCAGAAGCAGCUGGAGGGGAUUCUGGUGGUGGCUCAGCAGUUCCACGAGACACUGGAGCCAUUGUCGGAGUGGCUGAGCGGCACGGAGAAGAAGCUGUCCAACCUGGAGCCGAUCGGCACUCAGGCCAUCAAGAUCCAGCAGCAAAUCAGUCAACACAAGUCUCUGGAGGAGGACGUCAACGCUCGGAGCAAACCACUGCACCAGCUGCUCGGCCUGGGCCAGGCCCUGAAGGCAUCGAGCGGCGGGGGCGAGCGCGAGGCCGUGCAGGUGCAGCUGGAGCAGGUGCAGGCUCGCUACCUGGAGACGGCCGAACGCACCAGGCGCCGCGGGGAGCUGCUGGGCCAGGCGCUGGCGCACGCGCGUCUGUUCGGAGACGAUGAGGUGGAGCUGCUCAAUUGGCUGGCCGAGGCGCAGGACCGGCUGGCCGACAUGUCCCCCGGCGAUCACCAGCCGGACGUGCUGCAGGCUCAGCAUGAUGAGCACCUGAGCCUUCAUGAGGAGAUCGUCUCACGGAAGCAGACGGUCGACCAGGCGAUUAAGAACGGACAAAACCUUCUCAAGCAAACCACAGGCGAUGAGAUUCUCACCAUCCAGGAGAAGUUGGACGGCAUAAAGUCUCGCUACGCCGAGAUCACGGGCAGCAGCACACGCGCCCUCAAAACGCUCGAGAAGGCCCUGCACCUCGCCACCAAGUUCCACGGCACCCACCGGGAGCUCAACGAAUGGCUGGGCCAUGCCGAGAGCGAGAUGGCUACCUGCGACACGCGCCUGGCCGUGGGCGAGCAGCUCGCCGCGAUGCAGGACCGCGUCAACACGCUGCACAAGGACGUGAUGGAGCGGCGGCUGACGCUCGACACGGUGAACGAGGUGAGCAGCGCCCUGCUCGAGCUGGUGCCGUGGCGUGCCCGCGAGGGCCUCGACCGCCUCGUGGCCGAGGACAACUCGCGCUACCGCGUCGUGAGCGACGCCGUCGCGCGCAAGACGGACGAGCUGGACGCCGCCGUCCAGCGCUCGCAGCAGUUCGAGCAGACGGCCGACAACGAGCUGGCGUGGGUCGCGGAGACGGAGCGCAAGCUGCGCGCCCUCGGCGACGUCAGCCUCGAGCAGGACACCACCACGUCGCAGCUGCAAGUCCAGAAGGCGUUCACCAUCGAUAUUCUUAGACACAAGGACUCCAUUGAUCAGUUGGUGAAGACUGGCGAUGAGCUGAAAGUCUCAUGCAGUGAAGAAGAGAAAGCUGCCAUGGAGAGCAAGCUCGCUUCCCUGCUGGAGCAUUACGACGUGGUGAGCCGGCUGAACACCGGGCGCCUCAGCCAGCUGGAGCGCGCCCAGCUGCUGUCCACCCAGUUCUGGGAGACCUACGAAGAGCUCAUGCCCUGGCUGGUCGAGACCAGAGAGUCGCUCGGUCACCUGCCGCCGCCCUCCAUCGAGCAGGAGACCCUGCGGCAGCAGCAGGAGGAGCUGCGGCAAUUGCGGGAGUCCAUCGCGGAGCACAAGCCGUACGUGGACAAGCUGAAGAAGAUCGGUCCGCAGCUGGAGGAGCUGAGCCUGUCGGAGGGGCCGGCGCUGCGCGAGAAGUACACGGGCGCCGAGCGGCUGUUCGAGGCAAUCCGCGAGGACGUGCGGCUGCGCGCGCUCGGCCUGGAUGAGGCCCUGUCCCAGUCGUCGCAGAUUAAAGAGUUCCACGACAAGAUGGACGUGAUGCUGGAAGGCCUGGGCAGGAUCAUCGAGCGGCUGCGGAUGCCACCACCCAUUCCGGCCGAGGCAGAGAAGAUCAAGGAGCAGCUCGCAGAGAACAAGAACAUAGCUCUGGAGCUGGAGAAGCUCCAGCCAAUGUUCAACCUCCUCAAGGAGAGCGGCGAGGAGCUCGUGGGCCUCUCUGGGGGCGCCGAGAAGGAGCUCAAUGCUAAAGCCAUCAAGGACAAGCUGGGCCAGAUGCUGUCGCUGUGGGAGGAGAUCCAGUCUCGCUCGGAGGAGCGGGAGAACCGUCUCCUGGAUGUGCUGGACCUGGCUGAGCGCUUCUGGACCGACCUGGGCACCAUGCUGGCCACUCUGAAAGAGACGCGCGAGUACAUGCAGGACCUGGAGGAGCUGGGCGUGGACCCAUCGCUCAUCAAGCAGCAGGAGGAGUACAUGCUGGCUAACAAGAAUGACAUCGAUGGAUUCCAAGAGGACCUUGAGAUUCUGAGGUAUCUGGGAACAAAUCUGAUAUCAGCUUGCGGAGAACCGGACAAGCCUGAAGUGAAGAAGAGCAUCGAUGAGAUGAAUUCUUCCUGGGAUCGGCUGAACAAAUGCUGGAAGGACCGCAUGGACAAAUUGGAGGAGGCUAUGAAGACAGCCAUGCAAUACCAGGAUGCAUUGCAGAGCAUGUUCGACUGGGUGGAGAACGCCACGACGGAGAUGGAAAACCUGCCGCCUGUAGGAACAGACCUGGAGACGGUCAAGCGGCAGAUGGAGGAUCUCAAGCAACUGAAAACCGAGAGCUACCAGCAGCAGAUCGAGAUGGAGCGUCUGAGCCACCAGGGCGAGCUGAUGCUCAAGAGGGUGAAGGAGGAGGAGAACCGCAUGGUGAUCGCGGGGCCGCUCCGUGACCUCAAGGAGCAGUGGGAGACCCUCGACACCAAAAUACUCAACAGACAGCACAAGAUGGAGGCGGCGCUGCUGGCCCUGGGGCAGUUCCAGCACGCGCUGGACGAGCUGCUCACCUGGCUGGAGCACACCGAGGGCCUCCUGGAGGAGCAGAAACCCGUCGCCAACGAGCCCAAGGCCAUCGAGAUCGAGCUGGCCAAACACCACGUGUUGCGUAACGACGUGCUGGCGCACCAGUCGACGGUCGGCACGGUGCAGCGCGCCGGCCAGGACCUCGUGCUCUCGAGCUCCGGUGCCGAGGCCAGCGGCCUGCAGGGUCGGCUCGACGACCUCGCCGCGCGCUGGGAGAGCGUGCUGAGCUGCACCGAGCAGCGGCAGGCCCAGCUGGAGGGCUCCCUGCGCAAGGCCCAGGGCUUUCAGGGUGAGAUGGAUGGGCUCCUGCAGUGGCUGUCCGACAUGGAGAACCAGCUGAGUGACACGAAGCCGGUUGGGGGCCUUCCCGAGACUGCCAAGGAGCAGCUCAGUACUCACAUGGAGAUGUGCGAGGAGUACCAGGUCAAGCACGGGCUGUACACCAAGGUGCUGGAGCAGUGUCAGCGGAUGCAGAAUGAGCAAUCCGGUGAACCCACGUUGAAGUACGGCAUUCAGGACCUGGAGCACAAGUGGAAGAUCGUUGGCAACAAGCUGAACGAAAGAAGGGCCAAGUUGGAGACCGCACUGAAAACGGCGAUUGAAUUCCACAACUCUCUGCAAGAUUUCAUCGGCUGGCUGACGCAGAUGGAGAACAACCUGAACACACUAUCGCCAGCCAGCCUCAUCCUGGACUCUGUCCUGUUUCAGAUCGAUGAGCAUAAGAUGCUCGCGAACGAAGUGAACACGCACCGGGAGCAGAUCAUCGAGCUGGACAAGACGGGCACGCACCUCAAGUACUUCAGCCAGAAGCAGGACGUGGCGCUCAUCAAGAACCUGCUGCUGAGCGUGCAGACGCGCUGGGAGCACAUCAUGCAAUCUACGCUGGAGCGUGGCCGCUCACUCGAUGACGCUCGCAAGCGAGCUAAGCAGUUCCACGAGUCCUGGACUAAACUCAUGGACUGGCUGGAGGGGGCAGAGAAAGGACUCGACCAUGAGCUGGACUGUGGCAACGACCCGGAGCGGAUUAAACUCAUGCUUGGCCGGCACAAGGACAUACAAAAAUCCCUGGGAGCCAAGCAGCCCAUUUACGACUCGACAACGCGCACCGGCCGCACGCUCAAGGAGCGUGCCACGCUGGUGGACGACGACCAGCGGCUCGACAACAUGCUGAGCGAGCUGCGCGACAAGUGGGAUACUAUCUGCGGCAAGUCCGUCGAGAGGCAGCACAAGCUGGAGGAGGCUCUGCUCUUCUCCGGCCAGUUUGCCGAGGCGCUGCAGGUGCUCAUUGACUGGCUGUACAAGGUGGAGCCUCACUUGUCUGAGGACCAGCCGGUGCAUGGCGACGUGGCGCUCGUUAUGACCCUCAUCGACGCCCACAAGGUGUUCCAAAGGGAGCUGGGCAAGCGCGCGAGCAGCGUGAACGCCCUGAAGCGCUCGGCGCGCGACCUCCUGGACAGCAGCAAGAGCGACGCGUCGUGGGUGCGCGCCCAGAUGGCGGAGCUGAGCGCGCGCUGGGACACGGUCUGCAAGCUCUCGCUCAGCAAGCAGGCUCGCCUCGACGACGCGCUCAAGCAGGCGGAGGUGUUCCGGACGCUCGUGCAAAGCAUCAUGGAUGUUCUGGCGGAGGCUGAGAAGACGCUGCGGUUCCACGGGACGCUGCCCGAUGACGAGGACUCCCUGAGGCUCCUCAUCGCCCAACACAAGGAGUUCAUGGAGAGGUUGGAAGCUCAGCGCUCGGAGGUGAUCAGGGCCGUCUCCAUGGGAGAAGCCAUCCUGGCAGUCUGCCACCCCGACUCUGCAUCCGCCAUAAAGCAGUGGAUCAACAUCAUUCGCACCCGCUUUGAGGAGGUGAUGACGUGGGCCCGGCAGCACCAGACGCGGCUGGAGGCCGCCCUCUCGGAGCUCGUGUCCAACUCGCAGCUCCUCGAGGAGAUGCUCGCCUGGCUGCAGAAAGCGCAGGAGAUGCUGGCGCAGAGAGACCAGGAGACCCUCCCUGAGCAGAUCGAGUCUCUGCACUACCUCAUCUCUGAGCACCAGGGCUUUAUGGAGGAGAUGAUGAGCAAGCAGCCAGAGAUGGAACAGAUGACAAAGUCUUACAAGCGCAAACCUUCAGAAUCUCAUGCACUGUUCGACAGAACUCGUGGGAGUACUCGAAAGCGUGGAGGGCCCCAGUCGACCGCUCCAGCGUCGCCUUCCCAGCCCCUGGAGACCAAGAACCCCCGCAUCACGCUGCUCUUCAACCGUUGGCGGCAGGUCUGGCUCGUGGCGCUGGAGAGGCAGCGAAAGCUGCAGGAUGCGCUGGAGAGACUCCAGGAGCUGAAGGAGUUUGAAAACUUUGACUUUGACGUCUGGCGGAAGCGGUACAUGCAGUGGAUGAACCACAAAAAGUCCCGUGUCAUGGACUUUUUCCGGAGAAUGGAUAAAGAUCAAGACGGCAAGAUUACCCGACAAGAAUUCAUCGAUGGAAUCCUGUCCUCCAGGUUUCCAACCAAUCGGCUGGAAAUGACAGCAGUGGCAGAUAUAUUUGACAGGGAUGGCGAUGGCUACAUCGACUAUUACGAGUUCAUUGCUGCCUUGCAUCCGAACAAAGAUGCUUACAGGCCCAUCACCGAUGCAGACAAGAUUGAGGACGAGGUCACCAGACAGGUCGCUGCCUGCAAGUGUACGAGGAGAUUCCAGGUGGAGCAGAUUGGUGAAAAUAAGUACCGAUUCUACCUUGGGAAUCAGUUCGGCGACUCGCAGCAGCUGCGCCUGGUGCGCAUCUUGCGUAGCACCGUGAUGGUGCGCGUCGGUGGAGGCUGGAUGGCUCUCGACGAAUUUCUGGUGAAGAACGACCCCUGCCGAGAGCAAAUCAACUGGAUGUGGCACUUUAUCAAAGUUCACCACCACGGGAAUAAAAUGCUGCGCUCGGACUCAAACUCUUCAAUAACCACUCAGUCUGCCAUAGCGAAGGGUCGAACCAACCUGGAGCUUCGUGAGAAGUUCAUCCUACCCGAGGGAGCCAGCCAGUCCAUGACGCCCUUCAGGAUGCGAGGGAAGCGCUCCCGCCCGUCGUCCCGCACGGCCUCGCCGACGCGCGCUGGAUUCGCGCACUCUCACGGCGGCCACGGGCACGCCUACACCCCGACGCCCAACAGCGGCGGCUGCGCCACACCGCCCUCCUCAGGCUCCUCCAAUACCCCCAGCACGCCCAGGCAACCUUCAGCUUUGAGCCUUAGCCGCAAUUAUGACAAGCCUUGGCUUGUCAACAGCAAAACCUCCACGCCAGCAAGGCCAAUUGGCCAAGACUGUGAGAGUCCACCCUUCGAGGUCACUCCUGUGCAGGGCAGCAGACUCCGGCCACCGGGUUACCUGUCUGGCAAAAGCCUUCACACCGGCGACGACAGCCUGACGUCAGACUCUGCCUCUGAAACGCACCCACCGUGCACGCUAGCCGAUUCAAGCCGGUCCCCCAGUCGGACGAGCAGCGCUCUUGGCAGCCGGCCGGGCAGCCGCACCGGCAGCCGUCGCGGCAGCGAGUCGUCGGAGCUGGACGCUUCGGAGCGCUCGAUCCUGCAGUCGGACGGCGAGCCGCGGCCCGCCUCGCGCACGGGCGCCCGGCAAACGCCCAAGGGCUCCAAGAUCCCCACCACCAACUCGGCCUCCAAACUCGGCGGCCCAGCGUCCUCCUCCGCCUCAUCGGCCAGCAAAGGCGCGCGCAGAUAGUGACCGGGGCGGCCCCGGGGGCCCCCCCCCCCCCCGCCCACCACCUCCGCCGUCGCUAGACGAGAGCUGAAAGAGAUGUAAAUUAUUUGUGUAAGAAUAAAGGAGAAAACAAAUAAAAUAUAUAAUAAUGGAGCUUGCAACGCAGCAGCAGCAAAAGUGACCUUUGUUUUAUGCUACGGAUGGCCUUACUUAUGUAAUUUGUGCGUUUUACAAGGAGGUACUUUGUGAACGAAUGUCCAUAAUAAUUGUUCAUCUUCGUUGUUGUCGCCGUCGUUGAUAAUGUUUAGAGAUAGCUCACCUCUUCACCUCUAAUCUUGCUUUGCACGGGAGAUGUGUCAGAAUGGGAUGGCCUGUUUUUGAUUGUUUGUAAGGAGGCAAGCUUUCGGGGCUCCAUGGAGCUCUAUCCAUCUUUUGUCACUUUUUUUUAAGUUGUCUUCGGAGCAUAAAUUAUGUGUGACGAAGGCUGCCGAAGAACUUUAUAUGCACGAACAAUGCUAUCCAUUAUUGUCAAACACUUUGAGGAUACCUCAGUACAAGGUGAACUGAAACUGCUAAGCAUUGCAUGGCUCACACUAACGGAACACUAGGUAUUAAACGUACACUAGGAUAUUAAAAGAAAACUGAAAUAUCUUCAAAGGGAUAUUUAACAUUGAAGACUGGAAUUUCGAGAAGCUUGACUUUGUUUAAAAUGAGAUUAACCGAACUAACUUGGCUGAAAAAGCAAAUGCGUAUGUAAGCACUUUUUUUCCCCGUUUAUAUCGGAUAUACGGAAAUUAAAUGAACAACAAAUCAAGCCAUUUCUAGCUUCAAAUUAAAAAAAUGGAUUUCUUUGCCAGAUUUUUCUGUUUCAAACAAGGUAAAAACACUACAUUAGAAGUUCAACAAAUUUUGUUUUGUACAAAAGCAGAUGCGCUUGCAAUAAAAGAAGCUUGAACAGUU